GGUGAGUGCAUUCACAAUGGACUCUCGUCUCGUCGUCUGCAAACUUGCACAAUAUUCUCCUCAGUAUUCCCGUCUUUGAAGAUUCUGAAUACAGGGUGGCCGUGUUCGGGGGCAGGUCCACGGAUUCGGAUCACCAUCAGGGCCGCAAGCCCUCGGAGAAAUAGUAUUUGCCCACUUACAUCCUAUUUCACCGAAUUGCCAUGGUUCAUCGAACGGCGAGAUAGAGGGGUUUUGCCUGUAAAGAAGGACACAACCUGCACUAGUGGAACAUCUUGUUCCUAACAUUAAUUACACAUGGUGUUGGUGUACCAAAAAUAAAACAGGUGGCUCUGACACCACAGUGCACUUGGACAGUCAUACUUUAGGUUGCUCUGCGGGUGGCCUGGUCCUCACUCUCCCCCAUCAGGGACAACUUUCAUGAUCCACGGUCCACCUCUCUCAUCUUCAAAACUGAAUCCAUACGUGCGCAGCGGCAGGAUGACGGAGGCCUGGCAGCAGCACGCUGUAGUGCCUCCCCCAGUGGUGCACACUCUCCCCCACGGGGCAGAGAACCCACUGGGGAGUGCCGUCUACGGGAUAGUCCUGCAACCAGAUCCUACCCUGGCACCGCCUCCGCACAGCCAACACGCCCAGCCACACCCGGUGGCAGCCCAGCAGCCCUCCCUGCAGGUGGGCAGCGAGGGCAGCCACAAGUGUGGCGCCUGCGGGCACGACAUCUCACACCUGGCCAACCCGCACGAGCACCAGUGCAUGGUGAACCAGGAUCGCUCCUUCCAGUGCACCCAGUGCAUGAAGAUCUUCCAGCAAGCGACCGAUCUCCUGGAGCACCAGUGUAUUCAGGUGGAGCAGAAGCCGUUUGUGUGUGGCGUGUGCAAGAUGGGGUUCUCGCUGCUCACCUCGCUGGCGCAGCACCACACGGAACACACCGGAAGCAACCCCAUGAAGUGCUCCAUCUGCGAGAAGACGUACCGCCCGGGCUCCUCGGGGAACCCCGGCUCCUCAUCCUCCGCCAACACCGGCGAGGGAUCGUCCACCUCCACGUACGACGGCUCCGCUCCUCACCGACCGUACAAGUGCUCCGUGUGCCACAAGAGCUUCCGUCACCUGUCUGAACUUUCGCGCCACGAGCGUGUGCACACGGGCGAGAAGCCCUUCAAGUGUACCGUUUGCGACAAGAGCUUCAGCCAGGCCUCCCACCUGCAGCACCACCAGCGCACGCACAGCUCCGAGCGCCCCUACAAGUGUGCCGUGUGCGAGAAGACCUUCAAGCACCGCUCGCACCUGGUGCGUCACAUGUACUCCCACUCCGGAGAGCACCUGUUCAAGUGCAACCUGUGCGAGAUGCACUUCAAGGAGUCGUCCGAGCUGCUGCACCACCAGUGCCAGCCUGCCGGCGACCGCCCGUUCCGCUGCAGCUCGUGCGACAAGGGCUUCAAGCGCCAGUCCGACCUGCGCCAGCACGAGCGCACCCACUCGGAGGACCGCCCGUUCCAGUGCGAGGAGUGUCAGAUGAGCUUCAAGCAGCAGUACGCCCUGGUCCGCCACCGCCGCACGCACAAGAACCCCGCCGACCGGCCGUUCAAGUGCAACCUCUGCGACAAGGGCUUCCUGCAGCCCUCCCACCUGCUCUACCACCAGCACGUGCACGGCAUCGAGAGCCUGUUCAAGUGCGCCGCCUGUCAGAAGGGCUUCAGCCAGUCGGGCGAGUUGCUGAAGCACAAGUGCGGCGCGGCUGCCUCGUCGUCCGAGAAGCCCUACAAGUGCGACGUGUGCGGCAAAGGCUACAAGAAGUCCUCGACGCUGCAGCGCCACCAGAACAACGCGCACUGCACGGAGAAGCCCCUGAAGUGCUCGCUGUGCGAUCGCCGCUUCGUGUCGUCCUCGGAGUUCGUGCAGCACCACUGCGACCCGGCCCGCGAGAAGCCGCUCAAGUGUUCCGAUUGCGAAAAGCGCUUCAAAUACUCCUCGGAGAUGCAGCGUCACCGGCGCGUCCACACGGGCGAGAAGCCCUUCAAAUGCCCAACCUGCGACAAGGGCUUCAAGCAGCGCGAGCACCUGGCCAAGCAUGGCAGCGUCCACUCCAGAGAGGCCCAGUUCAAAUGUGUGUGGUGUGGCGAGCGCUUUGGAGACCUGUGCGCACUCCAGGAGCACACUGUCCAGCACACUGCAGAAGGUGGAGGCUACCCUGUGGCCCCCUGCAUACAGUAACGGCUGUAUACACCAGUCUUAGAAUAAAUGAACCCAUAAACUUACGUAGCACCUUUACUUCCUUGAUAUCUAGAAUUACAGUGUUACACCGGCCAUGUAUUCACACACUGCCUCAUUAUACAAUAUUCUUGUUUUAUGCACUUCUAUCAGGCCAAGUUUUAUGCCUGCCCCCUCCUUUUUGGUCGUUUCUUCACAAAGGAAAUAUCUUAAGCACAAACUGUAAGACUUUGGUGGAAUUGCAGAAAAUCAUUUUUCAUACUGUGCUGUCAGUGUGACAGCCAUACUAUCUGUAAUCUCCUGUGACAUGUGCAGUACUUCUUGGCCUCUUAUCCAAAUUCUGAAGGUUCAACGUAUGGGCUACGGAAUCUUCAAGUGCCAUGAACACAGAAUGAAUAGAAAGCACUUGUGUAUUUUAUCGUAUUCAUCAUAUAUUGUUGACUUAUUUUUUACCUGUGAACAAUGACAUCAGUGUCCUUCAUUGUGAUACAAGUGAAGAUACAUUUAUUUCAUGUAACCUAUCCAGUGCUAUGAUGCUAUCCCCAAAUCCAAUGGAUAUCUUUGCACGAAUGUACAAUACAUGUAUGAAGAGGUGUCCUCACCUGAUCAUUGAUAAAGAUGGCAUACUAGUCUAAAGGUAAAAGACAUUCAUCCAAAAAUGCCUGUAAAUUGUUCAUGUUGCUUUAGGAAGUGCUUAAAUGUAUUCCAUCACAAGUAUUGUUAAAUAUGAUACUUAGUACUGACUCAGCAGUUUGUUCCCUCAACAGUUUUUGCUGUUUCACUUAUUGGACCACAUAUAGGUAUGUUUGACACCUUGUACCUGUUGAAUUUUGAGAAGGGAUUAUUUGUGGCAAAUUUGAAGCCACUUGGACAAACCAACCAGGACAGAAUAAAAUAAGCACAUCUGUUCUGCAAUAGCUGGGUUCUUGUCAAAAAAUGUCUGUAAAUAGAUGUGUUAUAACAACUUUCACAGACAGUGGUAGAAUUUGCAUAGUAUCUGUGUUAUAUCAGCUGUGAACUGUGCAAACUUAAUUUCUGCUCUCUAUGUUUGUUUUUUCUCUCAUUUGAAAAAAUGUUAAGCAUGACUUUACGCUCUCUCUUUCUCUCAGCUCAUCCUGGAUCAUCUCUGCUGCCCCUAUAGUUUCUUCCUCCUACCAGUCUUUAAACGCAGGUCUACUUACAGCUUUAGACAUGUUACUGAGUACCCUCUGUUCACGAGGCAUCUUAUAGAAAAAGCAUACUUGAAGUGUGCAAGCAUACAAGUGGGGCGUCUGCUCAAAGUUUUUUAAAGAAGAAAAAAAAACUUGUAACAGUGCUUAUGUUUCUGUAUUUCUUGUCUCUCUGCUCAGAAAAGAUUGUGAUUUUCUUUUGAGUAUAAUGACAAUAUUUGUGUUUCUGUCUAGUAACGUGUUUAAAAAAGGAGAAAAAAUAGGUUUUUUUCAUAAGCUGACUAAACAUGUAUAAAUGAUUGUGAGUAAAAGGAGCUUUGAGUUAUUAGGGACUGAGCUUAAGCCAAAGGACUGUAUGUGAUCCGUUGCCACUCGAACACUAGUAUUGGAAUCUCUAGCAUGGUCGUACUUGAUUUCAUAACAUCGUGUUACAGCUUUUCUAACUUUCUCGAAAACUGUGUAGCCAUGUAACGUGAGUGAAAUGUAUAAGUGAUCUUCAAUAUACUGUAUGUAACCAUCAUCAAGUACUUAGCACUUACAAAUAAAAACAUUUUUCAUGUAAAUAUAAA